AUGUCAACGAAAACAGUAGCAUUUGCAGGCAAUGCCUUCAUUACCACCGCUGCGACAGGCGCAAGCGAAGUCAUCAACGACAACGGCCUGGCCAACUGGAACAGCGCAAGCACCAUCACCAGCGCGUACUUCCGUAUGGCUUCUGCAGGCGCAGUUACAGUCGGAUUAAACGCGUAUCUGGCGGGCAGUAACAACAGUACCGUCAAAGUCACCAUCAACGGGACAGCGUUCAACGUUCAGCUAUCCGGAACGACUCCUAAGACGUAUCCUGUAGGGACUGUUAGCGUAGCUGCUCCUGGAUACGUGAAGGUCGACCUUCAAGGAGUGACCAAGGACGGAGGAUACUUUGGCGAUGUGUCGGGCCUGAGCAUCACUACUUCUUCGGCAACCAAUUUUGCCAACGACCCCGCCAAUUUUUACUGGUCGCGUCGCGGACCAUCAGUCCAUAUGAACUACACUAUCCCACCCAACAACGACUACUUCUACAACGAAGUGACAGUUCCAGUCGGUCAAGACGUCGUCGGCUCGUACUUCAUGGCCGCGGGAUUUGAUGGAGGAUAUUCAGGCAUCCAGGUCCGCGAGAAUGACCGAUGGGUCCUCUUCUCUGUAUGGGACGCGGACAAUGGACAGAAGACUACGCUCGUCAGCAAGGGCGCGGGAGUCGUCGACAACAGCUUUGAUCAUGAAGGAAGUGGUGGUCAAACAUAUCUCGUAUUCAAUUGGAUCGCCGGUAACACUUACAAAUUCAUCACCCGUAUUCGUCCCGAUGGCGCUGGAAGCACUCUGUACUCUGCUUGGUUCUUCGCCCCAGAGCUAAAUACCUGGCGCUACAUUGCCACCUGGAAGCGUCCGGCCACUACCGCAUAUCAGUCCGGUACCCAUUCUUUCCUUGAGAAUUUCAUUGACACCAAGGGUUAUACGGGCCGGCGUGCUCUGUACGGUAACCAGUGGGGUCGCAAUCUAAACGGAACCUGGACAGAGCUCACAACUGGAUACUACACCGGAGAUGCCACUGCAAACAACGCGCAACGCAUGGACUACGCUGGAGGAGUCGAAAAUGGCCGUUUCUACCUUCGUAAUGGGGGCUUCUUCUCAGAUUAUGUGCCCCUCAACGCGACCUUCAGUCGGCCAGCUACUGGACAGAUCCCAGCAGUGGAUGUGGGCUCCCUCCCCACACAGUAA